GGCCUGGACAGCCAAGUACCAGGGCUUGGACACACACAGCCGGGCUCACGCACACGCAGCCGGGCUCGAACACACACAGCUGGGCUCACGCACACACAGUUGGGCUCUCACACACACACACACACGGGCUCACCCCUCCCCCCCAGCAAGGCGUCCCACAGGGCGAGGAUGUUCGGCAAGAGCGUGGUGCUGCGCAGCGCGGGGGUGCUGUCGGCGGCCGAGCUGGGCUGCCUGGUGAAGGAGGAGGACGUGGUGCGGCACGAAUCCUUCACGGCUGAAUGGAGGGACCUGUCGCUCUCCACCAGGCCCGAGGAGGGCUGCUCCCUGCGGGAGGUGGACGAUCGGCGCAAGGAGACGUACUGGCAGCAGCAGGAGACGCGCUUCGUGGUGCAGCGAUCGCCCUGGCUCAUCAUGCGGCUGGGCCGGCUGGGCGAGCCCCUGGCCCGCUACCACCUGCCCUACCAGCGGGCGCUGCCCCUGCCCCUCUUCGUGCCGGCCGACCUGAGCGCCAAGGCCGAGCGGGGAGCCACCCCGCCCCAGCUGCGCCACAUGAUGGACUUCGAGACGGCGCUGGCCGGGGGCUCCCCGCCCAACGGGCAGUGCCGGGACAAGAAGGCCGUGGCGGAGAUCACCAAGGAGCUGCCCCCUGUCGUCCAGCCCAGCCGGCCCGACUUCGGCAAGGGUGACUUCCCCCGCUCCCUGUCCCGCUCCCUGUCCCAGGAGGCGCAGAGGGGCUGAGGGGCCGGGGCACGGACCUGCCCGAAGGGCUCUGCGUUCCCAGCUCACGGCUCCCCCUGCAUGAGAAAUACCCACGGUGAGCCGGGCAACGCGGGGUUACUGUAGAGGCCCAUCCCAGGGCCAAAGCCAUCCCGGUCGUAAGCUCAGCGAGGUUACGCCGUGGCUGCAUGUGGCUUUUCGAGUUAGACUGUGAGCUCUGUGGGGCAGGGACCAUGGGUUCGUACAGCACCGUGCAUGCUGAUGGUGCUGCAAUCGGAACGCUGUCUCUUUAAGAACGGUCUUCCCGGCUGAGCUGUCAAUCAGCUGUCAGCAAGGCUGUCACAGCAGCUGAUGGUCUUUGGGUCUAACAGCACAGCAGGGGGGAGGGGAGUGUGGGCUAGUGGUUAGAGCAGUCAGGGAGCCAGGACUCCUGGGUUCUAUCCCCAGAUCUGGCAGAGGAGUGUUGGCUAGCAGGUAAAGGAGUAGAGGGGGCUGGGAGCCAGGACUCCUGGGUUCUAUUCCCAGCUCCAGGAGGGGAGUGUGGGCUAGUGAGUAGAGAAGUCAGGGGCUGGGAGCCAGGACUCCUGGAUUCUAUCCCCAGCUGCGGCAGAGGAGUGUUGGCUAGCGGGUAGAGAAAUGGAGGGAGCUGGGAGCCAGGACUCCUGGGUUCUAUUCCCAGCUCCAGGAGGGGAGUGUGGGCUAGUGGUUAAUGUAAGUGACUGGGAGUCAAGAGAGCUGGGUCCUGUCCCUAGCCUGGGGAGGACAAGGGAUUAAGUGGAGAUGAGGGCAGAGCCGGGAAGUUGCAGUUGCCGGCAUGGGGGAAGCACAAGGCGAUGCUCAGCCGGCCGGUGCUGCAGGAGAAGGAUUAGUGCAUGAGGGGGACGAGCGGCUCCCCGCAGACGUCAGGACAUGGGUGACCCUAGGAGCUCAUUAGCAUCGUCAAUCCCCUGGGCUGAUAUUCUGGGGCGAGGAAUUCACCGUCCGCGUCCCCGUGUUCCUCGGCCUGCUGCUGUUACUGGGGCGCUCGGGGUAUGAGGCUGUCUGGCUAAUAAAAGGAGGAAAGGCGG